UUUUCGUCCGACAGAGGCCUGUCGCCUUCCAAAACAGCGUGGAGGCAGGCAGAGGUGAAGAAAAAACUGGUCUUGGGUAGCCUGUCUGGCUGCUGGUAUAGUACUCACAACUAAGCAGAAUAGAGACUCGGAGCCCUAAACGGCAGCAAAAUACGGUGAAUAUUUCGUCGACAUCCAGUAGUGACUCAAAGCAGGCAUGGCAGCAACUGUGACCGUGGUCAACAGCAUGAUGGCCACCGAACCGUUCCUGACACGGGAUCCCCGCACCAUGGAGUGGCCACUAGCCGGCAAUAAGCAGUUCCUCGUCAUCCUGUUCAGUGGCUACGUCUACAUCGUCAAGGUGGGUGGGCCCCGGUUUAUGAAGGACCGCAAACCUUACGACGGCAUCAAGCCACUCAUCAUCCUCUACAAUGCGACCAUGGUGCUGCUAAACUGCUACUUCGUGGUGGCCUUCCUCUCCAAGACGUAUAUAGGCGGCGGCUACAGCCUUCUAUGCCAGGGCAUCAACUACGGGGCUCGAGACGAGGUCACGAUGAGCAUGCUCACGCUCUGCUGGUGGUACCUGAUAGUGAGGAUCGCCGACUUCCUGGACACCAUCUUCUUCGUGCUUCGAAAGAAAGACUCACACGUCUCCUUCUUGCACGUCGUCCACCACAUCCUGGUCGUCUUCAACGGCUGGUAUGGUCUCGCUUACGGUCCCGACGGUCAGGUGGCGCUAGGUAUCAUCCUCAACAGCUUCGUGCACGUGGUCAUGUACAGCUAUUAUUGCCUAUCACUGCUCGGACCGUCCAUGCAGAAGCACCUGUGGUGGAAGCGCUACCUCACCCAGUUCCAGCUCGUCCAGUUCGUGAUAAUGUUCCUGCACGCGUUGGUGCCGCUCAUCCUCAGCUGCGGCUACCCGAGGCCGCACACGUAUCUAGUACUGAUCGAGACUGCCUUCUUCUUUGCAUUGUUCGUACGCUUCUACCUGAAGGCUUACAGCAAGAAGAAGGUUCCCAGCAUAGAGGGUGAAGCCAUCAAGGACAAGGUCAACUGAGGACUUCAAUCCUCACGUUAGUCUGCUAAAACUCGGUUUGAAGAAAAAGUAGGGCGAAGAGAGGUCAACCUACGGAGCGAAACAACGGAAGUAAUAUUUAACGACUCACAUUUCAAUCCUGUGAUAUAGAAAAAAGACUGAAACACUGUUUUGCUGCCAUAUAUGCAAUGUGCGACUUUCAUUUCGACUUUGCUUUUUUUAUUGAACAGAUUAUGAGGCGCAGGUUAUUUGUGCGUUCACGUUAUUGGAGUGCAGCUAUAGUGGUGGCACUUGGCGAUUAUCGCGUUGUGUACCAAGGAAAGAAAUGUCUUAAGUAUCUCUCGGGUGAAAUUUCACACUUAAGCACUUUCAGGUGGGAAAAAAAAGCGAUACAGGUCCAUCCGUAACUCGUCAUGUACUAUCAGCGUCAAAUGAAACCCUAACAGCCUCAAGCCGCCCCGCCGCGGUGGUCUAGUGGCUAAGGUACUCGGCUGCUGACCCGCAAGUCGCGGGUUCGAAUCCCGGCUACAGCGGCUGCAUUUUCGAUGGAGGCGGAAACGUUGUAGGUCCGUGUACUCAGAUUCGGGUGCACGUUAAAGAACCCCAGGUGGUCGAAAUUUCCGGAGCCCUCCACUACGGCGUCUCUCAUAAUCAUAUGGUGGUUUUGGGAUGUUAAACCCCACAUAUCAAUCAACAGCCUCAAGCCGUCGCGAUUUUUACACAGCGUGCCGUCCAUUUAUCCCCAUGAACAGACACACAUAUAUAUGUGCAGAGCUGCCGAAAAGGGUGCGCGCGGCUGCCCAUUGUGAUACUACUGGACGGUGUGCAGUAUACCAUCGCGAAAGCUGCCGCUGUUGAGGUUUCAUAGUACGUGCACAUUGCAUAUGGUGGCGUUUGGAAAAGGUCGUAAUCUUCAUCUUGUUUCGAGUUACCGUGAAAUACGGUUGAAGGCCGAACGUCCGGAAUUGAAUUGGCUACAGCUUCGUGCGAUUCGUUUACCAGAACGCAUCUAGUCUAUAACGUUUACCUUCGAAACGUUGCUAAACGAGCCUUUUCGAGGACUAUCAGAUACGAACAUUGCCGCCUGCGCAAGUCGCAAGGCUUUUGUGAAACACCAUUAUCGCGUGUAAACGUAAGCCGUAGUCCUCACUUCGGCGAGAAUCGAUUGAACAAUGAUGGUAGUAUAGGAUAUAUUAUCGAUAAGUUGUACACAGUAAUGUUGAGUCAGUUCCUAAUGCCACGAUAUUUAUGCGAGGCUGUUAUGGGUGGUUGCCUUUUUGACACGUCUUCUUUGUGGCACGUUUUCUUCAUUAAGACGCUCCAGUUGAGUGAUUUGUUUGUCACGUUUUUGUGUUGUUAUACGGUGUUGAGAAUUUUUUUUCAGAAUCACUGGUCAUGUUGUGUUCCAAAUAAAGUAAUUUUGGUGUUA